UGGAGCCAAAUUUGAAGCCAGCCGGGACGCGGGCGCACGGCCGUGAAGCUGGACCGGCCGAGUUUUCCUUGCCCGCCUGUGCCCUUUUAGGCUCGUCAUCAUGCCUAUCCGUGCGCUGUGCACCAUCUGCUCCGACUUCUUCGACCACUCCCGAGAUGUGGCCGCCAUCCACUGCGGCCACACCUUCCAUCUGCAGUGCCUCAUUCAGUGGUUUGAGACAGCACCAAGUCGGACCUGCCCACAGUGCCGAAUCCAGGUUGGCAGAAGAACCAUUAUCAAUAAACUCUUCUUUGACCUCGCCCAAGAGGAGGAGAAUGUCUUAGAUGCAGAAUUCUUAAAGAAUGAACUGGAUAAUACCAGAGCCCAGCUUUCCCUGAAAGAGAAGGAGAAAAAGGACAGCCAAGCCAUCAUCGACACGCUGCGCGAUACGCUGGAAGAGCGCAAUGCCACUGUGGAAUCUCUACAGAGUGCCUUAGACAAGGCUGAAAUGCUAUGCUCCACCCUCAAGAAGCAGAUGAAGUACUUGGAGCAGCAGCAGGAUGAGACCAAACAAGUGCAAGAGGAGAUGCGCCGACUCAGAAGCAAGAUGAAAACCAUGGAGCGGAUUGAGCUCCUACUCCAGAGCCAGAGGCCCGAAGUGGAGGAGAUGAUCCGAGACAUGGGUGUGGGACAGUCAGCGGUGGAGCAGCUGGCUGUGUACUGCGUGUCCCUCAAGAAAGAGUAUGAGAACCUUAAAGAGGCACGGAAGGCCUCAGGGGAGCUGGCUGACAGACUGAAGAAGGACUUGUUUUCUUCCAAAAACAAGUUGCAGACAGUCUACUCUGAACUAGAUCAGACCAAGUUGGAGCUGAAGUCGGCCCAGAAGGAUUUACAGAGUGCUGACAAAGAAAUCAUGAGCCUGAGAAAAAAGCUAACGAUGCUACAGGAAACCCUGAACCUGCCACCAGUGGACAGUGAGACUGUCAACCGCCUGGUUUUAGAGAGCCCAGCCCCUUUGGAGAUGCUGAGCCUGAAGCUUCGGCGACCAGCCUUCGGUGAUGACAUUGACCUCAAUGCCACCUUUGAUGUUGACACCCCUCCAGCCCAAUCUUCCAGCAUCCAGCAUGGCCGUGCCAAGAAGUUCUGCCAAGAGAUAGCACACUCUCCCAUUCAGGACAUCCCCAAGAAGAUGCCUAAAGGCCCCAAGCAGGAGUCCCAGCUCUCACUGGGCGGCCAGCGCUGUGUGGGAGAGCCAGAUGAGGAGCUAGCUAGUGCCUUUCCUGUCUUUAUCCGGAAUGCUAUCCUAAAACAGAAACAGCCCAAGAAGGCCAAGAUAGAGCCCUGCCGCAGCACAGAUGCAGUGAGGACAGGCUUCGAUGGGCUUGGAGGUCGGACGAAAUUCAUCCAACCUACUGACACAACUAUGAUCCGCCCACUGCCUGUGAAACCCAAACCCAAGACUAAGCAGAGAGUUGGGGCGAAGACAGUGCUCCCUCCCUCCCAGGCCAAGCUGGACACCUUUCUGUGGUAGUGAGAACAGUGAGCCAGAUCGAUAUCCAGAUAUAUGCCUCUAACUUAUAGGUCAGGACUGGCUCAGCAGGGGGCUUGGGGGGCAUGACCUAUCUUCCAAGACAGUCCCAAGGGCAAGUGUAAACAAAAAGGUGGGGCCCAAAGACUGUGCUUUCCUGCACUUACCCUGCCCACCCCCACCAUACUGGGUCUGCUAUACCAGGCCUACAUGUGACUGCUGAUGUGAGACCAGCAGGACUUCUUCCUUGUCAAAGUUUCCUACUUAUAGCCAGAUAUGGCUGCGUGCUUCUGGUUCUCCAGACUAAGGUCUUUUGCUGACUGUGAACCAAAGUGCUUGGGGCUUCUUGGGUAGUUUCAGCUUGCCCAAGCUUGUGCCUACUUCUGACUUGCUGCUGGGCAUGGCCAGAGCUGAGCAGGAUGGGGAAUGAGGGGAUGGUGGUGGGGAGAGGAUGAGGAGGGAAA